UUGUCCACGGCUGGGACUUUCGGCUGAAAGAUCUAUCAUGGUUCUACUAUGUUAGCUUGUCUUGCUCUGGGUCAGUUGUAAGGCCGCCACUAUGCUGAUCUGAGCUGUUUAGAACCUCUUUCUCGGUAUCAACUAUAUCUUGCCACUAUGAUCACGCUGAAGUCAGCCAUUCUCCUCGAAUGGGCUCGCAUUUUUGGUCCGGGUAACCGCAGAUUAUUCCGCUGGUCAUGCUAUACCAUCGCGGCAGUGAACUCGAUCUAUUACACCAUAAACAUCAUCCUUGAGUGCACGGCAUGCACCCCACGGGAGUACUAUUGGGAUAAGACGAUCAUCGGUGGUACUUGUAGAUACUCGACCCUUCUAUCUCUGAUAUCUGCUCUUGUCAACCUCGUUUUUGACGUCGCUAUUCUUAUCCUGCCACAGGGGGUUAUCUGGCGUCUGAACAUGUCCCGGAGGAAGAGAGUUGGUUGCUCUGCUGUCUUCGUUAUAGGCCUUCUGGCCUGUGUUUGUGCGGCGCUUCGAAUAGCCUUCACUGUUGCAUACGUAUCGAGUGACGACUAUACCUACCUGCUAUCACCACAGACGAUCCUGUGUAAUGCUGAAAUCACUGCUGGCAUUUUGGUUUUCACUACGCCUGCUGCCCCGAAGCCGAUGCUCUACUUGACUCAGCGCGCUGUCGGGUCAAUGGGCCGAUUGAUACGUUCGGCCAGAAGCAGCAGCCGGGGAACAGCAAGAGGCGCAGAGAGCGAAUUCGAUUCGCAGUCCAGACCUUUCAAGUCUCUGUUCUCCCGAAAGAAGUCGGGAUCAAACUUGUACAAUCCGAUCGACGAGCGCAAUGACUUGGCAUUAAGGAAGCUUAGUUCAUGGAAGGAUCCGAAUUAGUUACGGUAGUCUCCUUGAUACUAAGCCAUACAUAUGUAGGUACACUUCCCUAUCAAUCUGUUGCGGGUGCCGCUAGCGACACUACCUAGUAGCUUGGCUCCUUAGGGGUAACCUUAUUUUAGCACUGCGCCAACAUGGUUAGGAAUAAAGCAACCUUGGAAGCUUUCUUCCUUCUCUUUUCCCGUUUAUUGGUUGUUGCUAAGUUGCCCAUCCACUAUUAUCCUACCACGAUUCGCCAAUUU